CCUAACUCCAACCCUCAAGAAUCUCACCCCUCUCCUCUCCUCUCCUCUCUUCUCGAUCUCUUCUCUUUCCCUCCCUUAUCAAAAUUUCCUCUAAAUUUCUCUCUAUUUUCAUUAAACAAUCUUCACAAAUGAAGCAAUUAAAAGGAGUUUUCUCAUUAUUUAUUCCAUUAAUUCUAAUUUUAAUCUUCAGUGUUGCAGAAAGUUCUCAAGAUAAUAGUAAUAUUAAGGUACUCAGGUUUCACAAAUUUCAAAGGAAUAAACAGCAUUAUCAAGAUGGAAUUUCCAGUUGUUUUCACCUCAAAUCAAGAAGAGAGGAAGGUUCAACAACCAUGGAGAUAAAGCACCGAGAUUUUUGUACCAAAAACAAGAGACAUGAUGAUUUGGAGAAAAGGCGCUUGAAUUUGGAUGCUGAUCAGGUUAAGUUUCUACAGUAUAGAAUGAAAAACCUCAUCUCUGGUGAACUUCAAACCCUUUCAAAUACCCAAAUUCCGCUGAGUUCUGGUACAAGGCUCGAAAUUUUGAACUAUGUAAUCACCAUGAAACUUGGUGGAAAGAACAUGACAGUAAUAGUGGAUACUGGAAGUGACUUAACUUGGGUACAGUGCAAACCUUGUAGAUUAUGUUAUAAUCAACAAGAACCCAUUUUCAAUCCUUCAACUUCCUUGUCAUACCAAUCAAUUACCUGCAAUUCUUCAGCUUGUAAAUCAAUGCAGGAAGCGACUGGGAAUUUCGGAACCUGUGCAUAUAGUCCAUCAACCUGUAAUUACUAUGUUAGUUAUGGUGAUGGUUCAUACACUCGAGGAGAACUAGCUACAGAACGCCUUGAUAUAGGAAAUAGUCAUGUAAAUAAUUUUGUUUUCGGGUGUGGUAGGAGCAACAAAGGUCUGUUUGGAAGUGCUUCAGGUCUGAUGGGAUUGGGAAAAAGUGAUUUAUCAUUGGUUUCUCAAACAUCUAAGUUUUAUGAUGGAGUAUUUUCUUAUUGUUUACCUUCCACAGAUGCAGGGGAAUCAGGAUCACUUACCUUAGGAAGAAAAACUUCAGUAUAUCGAAAUACUAGUCCCAUUUCCUACACUCGAAUGGUACAAAAUCCUCAGCUUUCUUCCUUCUAUAUGCUUAACCUAACAGGUAUCAGCAUAGGUGGUGUGCAUUUAAACAAUUUAAGUUUUGGGGAAAAUGGGGUUUUGAUUGAUUCAGGAACAGUGAUCACUAGGCUUCCCCCAUCAAUUUACAGGGCUAUGAAGGCUGAGUUUGUGAAACAGUUUUCUGGGUUUCUGUCAGCCCCAGGAUUCUCAAUCCUGGAUACAUGUUUCAACUUGAGCUCAUACAAGAAGGUUAACAUUCCAUCAGUAAAGCUGCAGUUUGAGGGAAAUGCAGAACUAAAUGUAGACGUAAACGGUGUGUUUUAUUUAGUUAAGUCUGAUGGAUCUCAAGCAUGUCUGGCAUUUGCUAGCCUCAUGUAUGAAGAUGAGAUCCCGAUAAUAGGGAAUUAUCAACAGAAAAACAACAGAGUUGUAUAUGAUACUAUGUUCUCUCAGGUAGGAUUUGCAGAAGAAAAAUGUAGUUAUUGAGUAGCAGGAAACUUGGAUAAUUUGUAAUGUGUAUACUGUAUACUGUAUACUGCUUGUCAGCAACUCGCUCGCAGCACUAGCAGUGUUUGUUCUGAUGUUUGCUUCCUGGGAUUAGGAGUUAUGAUCAGCUGAGAAAAGGUAUACUUUUCAUCUGUAACUGUAGUUUUGAUCUUAUGUAAGGGUAAAAGGUACCCAAUCUGCCAAACUUGCAGAUUUAAGAAUGUAUAUGUUGAUUGAGAUUGAGGAUUCCACAUUGGCCUCUUCCUUCAA